AUGGACGGUGGCGAAGACCCAUGUGGCGAGAUUUCAAGAAAUGGAUCCAGCUGCAGCAUAAGUGUACAUGGUAUCUCCUACACUGUCAGUGAGCGGACUGGGCCGUGGUGGGACGUACAAUCAUACUACAAAAAAUGGACAAGGCAAAUUUUAAGAGAUGUUUCCUUUUAUAUGGAAAGUGGUCAGAUCAUGGCAAUUUUAGGAAACUCUGGAUCUGGAAAGACAACACUUUUGGAUGCAAUUUCUGGAAGGAUUGGACAUAAGGGAACAUUGCUUGGAGAGAUUUAUGUGAAUGGGUCCCAGUUAAAGAAGGAACAAUUCCAGGACUGUUUUUCCUAUGUCUUACAGCACGACAGUUUACUCCCCUACCUGACCGUGCGAGAAACAUUGACCUACACUGCGAUGCUGUCGCUCCAGAGACACUCCAAGGAAGCCAUCAGGAAAAAGGUAGAUUCCGUCAUGGCUGAGCUGAGUCUGACCCAUGUUGCCGAUACGGUAAUAGGAGGCCGCAUUUUCAAUGGCAUAUCCAGCGGUGAAAGGCGGAGGGUUUCCAUUGCAGCACAGUUGAUUCAGGACCCAAAGAUCAUUUUACUUGAUGAACCAACUACCGGUUUGGAUUCAAUGACGGCAAAUCAUAUCGUUUUACUCCUUUCUCAGCUGGCUCGUAAGGACAGGAUAGUGAUUAUUUCCAUUCACCAGCCUCGCUCAGAACUAUUCAAAAUUUUUGAUAGGAUUGCUCUAAUGAGUUGUGGAGAACUUACUUUCUGCGGCAAUCGUGAAGAGAUUAUUUCAUUUUUCGAUGAUUGUGGCUAUGAAUGUCCUGAACACUCCAACCCAUUUGACUUUUUUGUGGACCUUACUUCUGUGGACACGAGGAACAAACAGCGUGAAGUGGAAACAUACAGUAGGGUUCAGGCCAUUGGAGGUGCUUACAGAGAAUCUGAACAAUUUCAUACCACACUGGAAUAUAUUGAUGCAUCAAAAAAAUCCAAAGAGAGGCAAAUCAUCCCUUUCAAGCGGAAAGAGUCACCAAAUGAAAUAUCCAAGCUUGUGGUCUUAUUCAGGAGAAUUGUGAGAAAUUUAUCUAGGAAUAAGAUUGGCAUUAUCAUGCGGCUUUCCCAAAAUUUUAUAUUUGGGCUUUUUAUUGUAUUUUUUCUCCUUCGGUUAAAUAAUGAUGUGUUAAAAGGAGCAGUGCAAGAUCGUAUAGGAGUCAUUUAUCAGUGCCUUGGUGGAACGUCAUACACGGGGUUGCUUAAUGCAGUUGCAUUAUUCCCAGCUCUGCGUGCAAUCAGCGACCAGGAGAGCAAAGAUGGUUUAUACCAGAAGUGGCAGAUGCUUCUAGCUUACGUUAUCCACAUCAUCCCGUUCAGCAUCCUCAGUGUGGCCAUAUUCGGAGCUGUCACUUAUUGGACAGUAGGACUGAAUCCAGAGAUCACGAGAUUCGGAUGUUUUAUUGCUGCAGCUUUGGUUCCACAUCUGAUGGGUGAAUUACUAACUCUUUCGGUCCUUGGAGUGGUGGACAAUCCUAAUAUUGUUAAUGCUGGAGUGGCCUUGGUGAACAUCGCUGGAAUCCUUGUAGGAUCAGGAUUGCUAAGGAGUUUACAAGAAAUGCCUAUGGUGUUCCAGAUUUUAAGCUAUAUAACAUAUCAGAGGUAUUCCUGUGAACUACUAGUGGUUAAUGAGUUCUAUGAUUUGAAUUUCACUUGCGGGGGUGAAAACAAUACAGGAUCCAACGCACAAUGUCCGUUCACGAAUGGCAAUGAUUUCAUCGAGAGUUUAUACCCUGGAGCUACAGCCAGAAUCACGUUUGACUUUCUCAUGCUCUACGCCUUUCUUCCAGCGAUGAUCAUUGGCUGCAUAAUAAGUUUCAAAAUAAGAGACAUCUUGGUUCGUAGAUAG